AUGGAGACAUUUAUACCCAUUGAUUUGACAACUGAAAAUCAAGAGAUGGACAAGGAGGAAACCAAGACAAAACCAAGACUUUCAAAAUAUGAAGAGAAAAAAUAUGAAGAUAUGAAACCAUUAGAGACUCAACCAGCUGAAAUAGCAGAAAAGGAAACAUUGGAAUAUAAAACAGUUAGAACAUUCUCUGAAUCUUUGAAGUCAAAGAAAACAGAAGAUUACCUUAGAGAAAGUAUAACUCAACAACAUAUGGUUUCUCCAGAACCAGCUUCCCUUAAGGAGAAAGGGAAGUCAAGGAGAAAAAAGGAUCAAACUCAUGCUUGUCGAAAAGUUAGGAAAGCCAGGCCUGUGUCCUAUGAUAGAACAGAACCAAAAGAUGAUGAUGUGAUAAGAAAUAUUAUUAGGCUACGAGAAAAGCUUGGUUGGCAAACUAUAUUACCGCAGCACAGUUUGAAAUACAGAAGCUCCGAAAUUGCAGUUCAGAAGAUUACUUUAAAGAAACCUUUGGAAGAUGAUGGAGAAUUUGUAUAUUGCCUUCCUCGGAAAAGUCCUAAAGCCCUUUCCAAUCCGUAUGAUCUUCAGGUAGUAUCGGCUCAUACCGCUAAACAUUGCAAAGAAUUUUGGGUUAUUACUGCUUCAUUCAUCUCAAAGGUUAUUAAUAUAGUUGGUAGUAUAAAGGAAGUAGAACUCAUACCUACUUUGGAAUGGCUAUCAGAAAGAAGACAUUACUAUUUAUUACAGCAAUUCAAGAUAUUUUCUGAUUUCCGGAAGUCAGGGACCCCAAACGGAGGGACCGGCUGA